CCAAAGCCAUUUUGCUUCCAUUUAUGACAUCCAUAAUCUUUCAACGAUCUCAAUGUCUCUCAACAUUACCUAUUAUUAAACAAAGCAAAACCAUUGUUCUUGUUUUGUAGCAAACACAGUAGUACUUCUAGUUGCUACCUACCCCUACCCUUCUCACAAAAACUCACAAAAGUCAAUGAUGCACCGACUCCUUGUGGAUCUGUGUCUCUUGCAGCUUCAUUCCCAUGGAUGAAACUUCUCUAAACCUUCCUGGGUCUUCACCAGUUCACCUUAAAAGUAACAUUUUUUGGAUUGUUUUUCUGGGUUAUGUUUUCAUGGUUUUGGGAUUGGUGCUGCUGAUAAUGACAGCUGAAGAAUUUUUUUUAAGGUAGGACAAACAAGUAUUAUUUUUGUCUGAUGUAGACAAACUGUGGUAUCCAAGAGGACAAGACCAUAAUAUACCCCAGGACUCAGUCAUGUAUAGACCAUUCAUGUCAUGUGAUGAUCCAAAAGGAGUUGUUGACUGUGGGGCUAUGAGGAAAUACAAGACCAAUUCUCAGAAAAUGAAGGACAAGACAAAAAGCCGCAGGACGGCCGAAAGCUUGGAGACAUCCUUAACAAACAAGCCAGACAAAGAAGAGAAGGUCUCAAAAGGAUCAACAGAAAGAUCUUUUGAUCAAUCAUCCUUGCAGCUCGUGGAAGUAUCAAGAGGGGCUCAAAGGUUGAACAACAUGAUUGAUUCAUGGUCUAAGGGUGUGAGGUAUGAUGGAAGGUCUGAAGAUAUUGCAAAAGAUUUGUUAAAAGGGGCCCUUGAUUUGCAAGAAUCUCUAGUAAUGCUUCACAAGGUACAAGAAGCUUCACAACAUAUGGCUCGUUCGAAGAGAAAACAAAAUGAGAAAGCUGAAAGGGGCAGAAUUGAUGCAAAGGUGGUUGAUAGGACAACACAUUCUGAUCAUUUUGGUGAACAAUGCUAUCCAAUGGGAUAUCAAAGACCUUGGCCUUCAGCUGAUGGUUCUUCAAGUAGUUGCACGGAGGAACUUAAGAAAGUGAUUAAGGAGAGUCUGGUUAGACAAAAUCUAUUGCCAGGCACAAUCACUGAACGAUUGGAUUCAGCAUCAGUAUUUCCUUCUACAAACUCAAGCCAAUCUUCUGGGGCUUGGAAUGACAUGCUUUCGGAUUCUUCUUUUUCACCAUCAACUUCAAGGAAGGAAAGAGGACCCAAUCUGGUUGCCAAGCUGAUGGGUUUAGAAGAAGUCCCCUCAAGAUCAUUUCCAACUGUUCUGCAGAAACAGUUGGAGAGUCAAAAGAUCAUGAAUCAGAAGAGACCUAUAUUUGAGAUAGAUAUGCCCAAGGUAAGAAAGAAUGGUUUAGUAGUUGAGAAGGUUAAUCCAGAGCGACAUAAGACCCUGAGGGAAAUUCUUGAGACUACUCAUUUCAAUGGACUUUUGAAGAAGAGUUCUGUCAGAGAGCCCAAGCUUAAGGUCCUUCAUUCCAAUUAUCACCAUUAUAAACAGUUUGGUGAUUUACCACCCAUUGUACUUAUGAAACCUCGAUAUACUCCACACCAUGAAUUUGUGGAAACUUAUGAUCCAGUUCCUCCAGAAGAAUUGUCCCUUAGAAAUCUAAAAGCAAAAGCAGUCCCUUCCAAAAAGUUCAAACACAGAGAAGGUUCAACCACCAACAUGGGAAAAGAAAUGGAAGAACAUGUAUCCAAAAGGCUUAUCAAAGAGGAAAGAACUAAGCGUCUCAGAGAGGUUGUGGAACUGGAUGCAAAAGAAAUCAAGCCUAUUGAAAAUGAGAAGGCUCCUAGAGGUAAGGUAAAACUGUGUGGUCAUGCUAGUCACAAAUCACAAGUAAGUGAAACAGUUGUUAAAAAAGCUAAAGCAAAGACCAGUACCAUUAGCAAAAAGAAACCAGAAAAGGAGAUCUCAAAACCUGAGGGUGUGACAAAAUCUCAAGAUCAAGGAGAAAUCAGCUCUACAAUUACAAAGUUGAGGAAGCCACAAAGCGGGUCCAGAAUUGAUAAGAAUGAGAUUCCCUGCAAAAAGAGCACUGCUUCAAAUUCAAUUACCAUCUCAAAACCAAAGAAUAAAAAAUUCAAUAAUUCGACGGAACAGAGAAAGAAUCAGACGAAGAAGCAAAGGUCUGUUGCUGAGCCUGAAGCAGCUAAACCAGUUGAUGAACAAUUAGGUCAAGAAGAAGAAGGAAAGAUCAUCAAUGUUUCUUGUAAAGAUGAUUGCACUGAGAUUAGAAUAAUCACUACAAUAACCGAUGAUCUCGUAACGGUGCAUGAAGUAGAUGCCUCAGCAGAUAGGAUUAGAGAAAAUUGUAAGCAGUUCCAGAGUUCUUCAGGUGAUGAUAUUUUGAUGCUAAAGUCUGAGCAUGAAGAUGAUGCUAUCCCUACUGAGGAACCUGAUGACAGCACCAAAAUCCGUGAAACCGAUUGCAAACCUGACAAAGACAUUGCUGAGCUGAAAUAUUUGCUUCUAACUAGUCAAUCAUUUGUUGGUCAUGCAGAGGAGCUCCUCAAUCUUGAUGUUGAUUGUCCUAUUAUCCUACCAAAAUAUGAAACUAAUGUAAUAGGCAAUGUUAGACUCCUCUUGGAUUGUGCAAAUGAACUCACUGAGCGUAAAAGCCUUCAGGAGUCACAAGUAGUUCACCCUUUAUUGGUAACUUGCACAGGGAAUUCAAGACUACACAUCUCUUUAGGCAGGUUGGUUCAAGAAGUUUAUAAUGCCAUUGAGAAUCUGACAUCAUACAGUGAGAAUUCUGGGAAGAAACUUGCUUCAGAUAGUAUAUAUGCAAUGAUGGAGAGAGAUAUAAAAUGCAACAAUGGACUGAUAAAUGGAAUAUGGAACUGGGGUUGGAAGCAUGGAUUUUCUGCAGAUGAAGCUGAGCAAGUUGUCAAUGAAGUAGAGAACCUAGUGUUAUGUGGGUUAAUUGAGGAGGUAAUUGUAAAUUUAUGAUUACAUAUUUUGAGACAUGGAUAAUAUACAGCCUUUAGAUAUCGGCAUCUUCAACUUGUAUAUAAGGACUGAUUGAAUUGA